UAAAACUUCUAGUUUGAGAGUUGAACAAAAAGUUUGUUUCGGGAUUAUACUUUAUUGGCCGAAAGUGCACAAACAAUUAAUUCAUUAUAGCUAUUGUUGUACACAUGGAGGCACACUAUAAUAUUCCGGAAUAACAACAGAGCCUACAAAGAAUAAAAGGGUGCACUUACUACUUCUCAGGUGCAAUGAGUCUACAUUUAUCAUGUUUUGUACUACUGAUGUCGACAGAAACAAUGGGGGUUAUUGUGGACAUAUCAUUGAAUGAACAAAACCAAGGCAUUGCUGAAGCAAGUCAGAUUUGUCAAGGGCUAGUAGAAAAUGAAGGAAAUCAGAAAAAUGAUAGUUUAUGUGGAAGAGUAUGGGAUACAAUAGCAUGUUGGCCUCCUACACCAUCUGGAGGCAUGGUAACAAUACCCUGUCCAAAUUACCUCAAUGGCUUUAAUACACAAAAAUUCGCUAAGAAGUACUGCACGAUGAAUGGGACCUGGUUUUUCCACCUGGGUUUGAAUGUUACGUGGACUGAUUAUAGAGAAUGUCCAUACGUGUCUACAUUAGAAGAGAUACCAGAAUUAAUAAGAAAUCACAUGCCGUACAUCCGUCUAAUGUUUAACAUUGGCUAUGGAAUUUCACUGGUGUCAUUAGUGUUAGCAACAGCAUUAAUGUUAACAUUCAGACGAUUACGAUGUCCUAGGAAUAUUAUCCAUAUACAUCUAUUUAUAUCCUUUAUACUGAGAGCAUCGAUAUCUUUCAUGAAAGAGAACUUGUUGGUAAAUGGGACUGGAUUUCCAUCAGAUAUUCGAGAAAUUAAUGGCAAUUUAGAGUUUAUUACCGAAGGGAAACAUUGGCAGUGUAAAUUAUUCUUUACAACUUUUCACUAUAUACUGGCAACAAAUUACAUGUGGAUUCUUGUAGAAGGAUUAUACUUAAACAUGUUAAUAACUGUAGCUGUGUUCUCAGAGAAAAGUGGAAUAAAAUGGUUCACCCUUUUCGGAUGGGUUUCACCAAUCUUAUUUGUUGGUCCAUGGGUAAUAGUCCGGAUACUAUAUGAAAAUACUUACUGUUGGAACACUCACACUAGACCAGGAUAUUUCUGGAUUAUGAGAGGACCAAUUGUUUUAUCUGUAGCUAUAAACUUCAUGAUCUUUUUGAAUAUAAUAAGAGUUUUAUUUACAAAAUUAACUGCAUUUAACUCUUUUGAAACGAAGAAAUUCAGGUAUAGGCGGCUGGCUAAGUCAACAAUGGUGUUGAUUCCGUUAUUUGGCGUGCAUUAUAUUGUUUUCAUCGGUCUACCUGAUAAUGUCAGCAAAGAAGCAGAACUAGUCAAGUUAUACUUUGAAAUGUUCUUGAAUUCAAUACAAGGAUUCGUUGUGACUUUAUUAUUUUGCUUUCUAAAUGGCGAGGUGCAAACUGAAAUAAUAAAAACAUGGAGAAGAUUUAGACUCACGCAUGGGCAUGCUUCACUGAAUGGACAUCGAGAUACAAUGAUGUCAUAUGUGUCACGGGGAAGAGGAUCACUUGUCUCAAAUUCAAAUUCAGAACCCGAACAGCGGGACACAAGAAAAUUAUCAGAAUAUGAGCUUAAACCAUUAACUAAUAAAAGUGUUCAUAACGAUCCGAAUGAAAAUCAUAAAACAAACGGUCACGUUAAUUGGCAAGACGAAUACCAGCCAAUGAUUGAGCAUCAUUUAAGUAAUUCAGAACAUCAUAUUAACAGACCAAACGGAUGAACUAUGUGAUUUGUGUAGUGUAUUUAUUUAUGUGUUCGGACGAGAAAAAAUCUAUGUCGCGACAAUAUGCUGCGAAUCUAGAUAUGAAAAUCACAGUUCCUUGACUGAAAGUAACAACAAAACCAGAGAAGUCUAAGCAUACUGACAGAUCGUAUAGUAAUGCAGGCUAAUGAGGAUUGUAGCAUUGUUAGCUUGUUAUAAACAAUUGAAUGAAAGUGAUCAUAGUUUAUCCCUUCAUAUGAGAGAGUCUUUAUUGUAACCAUGUCUGCCCGUUCGUCCAAAAAACAAUUUCGUGACCCCUUUUUCACGUUAUACUGAAUAAAAUGAAUUAAGUAGUAAUGUAUGAGCUUACCAAGCUACACUUGGGACUUGGAGAACAAACUGUGUGCUCAAAACAUCAGUCUAAAGUUAUUUGAUUACUAGUAGUUGAAAAACGUACUCAAUAUUUUAUGUCCUCAAUACCUGAUGGGACACAUAUCUACUUUUGUGCGUCCAUUCUUUUAAUUUGUUCAAUAUGCUGAAUGGUUUUCAUGUUUUUGUCUCUAAUUUCAAAAUAGAAUAACUUCUCUUUUUGUCUAUGAUUUGCCUGUGAUGACUUGUAAAGUGUAAGCGCUGUUGGGAUCUGGCAUUUACAAUUCCUGUUGGCGAUAUUUCAAAAACCAAGCGGGGGUAUAUUGAGCACGACAGCAGUUGCAACCUCUUCAUUUUGUUAAUUAUUUUUUUCUAAAAACACACACAAUUAAAUUCAUCUCCAGUUUUUUUUUAUAGUUUUGUUAUUCAAAAUUCUAAAUUCAUUAUUU